AUGGAUGACAAUCCUAGAUUCGAUGCCUUGCCGCUGCAGCUACCUCACCUACUUGUCAUUCAACGCAAGAAAAGCGACAGGAGCUACGAAGGCAGCAGGCAGAACAGAACGAGCAGGAGCUGCAGAUGCAUUAGCAACGGCACAGCAUUUUCACCAAGAUGUGUGCUAAGCGUGGAGUACCCCUGCAACUAUUCGACUGACCCCCAAAUUGGCCCGCCUCCUGAAGCUGCGGCACAUCCAGCUGCCGACACAACAGCACGUGCACCAGGGGCAGCCAGCAACGCCUUGUCGAGGGCUACAUGCGCUGCUCUGCAUGCUUGCCACACCCAUGGCUGCGCAGAUGCACUCAAGUAUACCAAGCGACAGCCUCCGGGGACGCAGUUGCUUCAGGCGCCCGAAAAGGAGCCCAUCUGGGGGCCCGUUGAAGGACGCAGUGUGGACGUUCAUCAGGGGAAUGCACACAACAGCUCAGUCUCCGUUUCUUGGGGCACUUUGUACCGCCCAAGGACCUUUUUGGAGGUGCAAGAGGGCAACAGGCCCAACAGGUGCCCAGAAGCCACGGCUGCUUCUCCUGCUGCUGCUGCGGAUUCGCAAGCACAGCACAACCCACGCCGUAGAUACAGCAACCCGAACAGCAGGAGCAGCAGUAACAGCAACAAAUACUACAGUAGUAACUGUAGCAGCGGCAGGGACAGCAGAGUUGGACAGCGGGCUUCGUGGAUGUGCGGCCAUCAGGUGCGUCAACGGAACUCACGACAGCAGGAGGAGGGGCAGCGGCAGCUGCAGCGACGAACCUGCCCUGCAGUGAGUGACAGAUGGAGCUGCACCAGAUGUUGCAGCCCCAACGCCCAUUUAGCGCAUGGGCGUUUUCCUGCUGUAGGCCAUGAGGCCCCUGCCGAUUGGAAUGGCAGGCAUGUUCCUGCUACUGCAUCUGCUUUUAUUCUUGCUUCCACGGGUGAUAGCGCUUCCCCAGUUGCUGCGCCUGCCACAGCAGGGCGCGGUUAUAGCAGACGCCCCCCAGCAGCAACAGCAGCAGCUGAUGCAGCAACAGAUGCUGUAGAUCAAGCAGUUCCUGGCAUCUCUUCAGAACCUCAUUAUAAGCAGUGGAACGUGUCCACUGCAGCCCAACUGCCCUCUAGUGCACGAAGCCUGAAACGAGUAUCUCCUUCUUCUGGUGAUUGUGGUGCUGUUGCUUCACGCUGCGGCACCGGGGGGGCUCAGUUGGGACCCGUUGGUUUAGAGGAGUCUCAGACAGCAUGCCUGGGUGCUUCAACGGACUCAGCACAACGGAGCUUCAGCACGAGCUGCUGCUGUAGCUGCAGCAGCAGUAGCACGAAGGCCACAGCAGGCACUAGAGCAGUAACAACACCAACUGCAUCUUCUAGGCAUAUUGCUGCGCCCACCCGUUGGACCACUCGUAGAACGCAGCAGCAACUCCACGGGCAGCAGACGCUCGAUCCAAAGGAAGAGGUUCUCGACAACCGGCAGCAGCAGGAGCUGCAGCAGAAACAGCUGGUGCAGCUUAAGCAGCAGCACGAGAAGGUGCAGCAGCAGCAGGCGGUGCAUCAGCACGAGCAGCAGAUGCAGCCGAAACAGCAGCGAUGGCGGCAGCCGCAACUUGAGCAACACAAAAAGCCGCAGCAGACCAUACAGCAGAUGCAGAAGAAGGCGCAGCAGCAACCAUCUCAACAGCAUAUGGAUGCUGCUGAUGUGCUGGCUGCUGUGUCGUACGCUUCUGACGGUGCUGGUGGCCGCAAUAACCAGCAACUGCAGCAGCUGCAGCUCCAGCGACAGCAGGAUGCUUCUGGGGUUUUCUCACCAACAGGCGGAGCAGAAUCAACAGGUUCCGCUGCUGCUGCUGUUGCAACAGAUUCAACCGCCGCCACUUCAUCAGACGCAGCAGUUGCUGCUCCUGCAGCGGUUGCAACGGUUGCUUCUACAGCAUCACCUGUUGCUGCUGCGGCUGCCCCAGGACUGGCAUCAGCAGAGCAAUUGAGCAUGCAUAGCUGCAGAUACGAGCUUGAGUUGCCCUAUCUUCAGCAGCGGCGGAUGCAGCAGCAGAAACACCAUCAGCAGCAAGAGACACGACAUCCGCAGGUGCAGCAGCGGCAGUUGUACACAUGCAUUGAGCAUUUCUGCCGGGUGCUACAGCGCUCUGCCUGCCGCCGGCCUUGGCGACAGCUGCUGUUGCAUGCCGCGCAGCAGCACGCACUGCAGCACCAGUUGCAGCAGCAGGCCCGCACUCCAGGGCAACAGUACUACCGUGCGAACAAGCAGCAGCAGGAGCAACUUGCGCAGGAGGAUGUGCAGCAGCUGCCGCUUCUCCAGAAACAUCAACAGGGCACCCAAUGUCUAAACGUCAUGGAGGCAGACCUUCACAGCCUCUCCCUCCGCGAUGAAGCCAGCAGCAGAGACACAUGUAUGCGGCUGGAAGACUACCGAAGGCGAUUGCGACAGCAGCAGCUCCGCCACAAGCAGCUGCAGCUACAGCAAAAGCGGGAGCAGCGCCAACAACACAAGCAACAGCAGCAGCUCAUCCAGCAGCUUGCCACUGCAGCACAAGAGCUGAAGAAGGCUAAUGACCAGCAAGAGGCCCUACAGGGGCGUCUAGCAGCCGCCCUCUCCCGGCUGCAACAGCUGGAGCAGCAGCAACUGCAACAGCAACAAUGGCGACAAGGGGACCCUCGCGUACGUGCCUAA